UUUCCGCCCGCCAAAACUUGACUAUGUAUCCGAAAUAUUCUCCCCAAGAUCAUCAUCAGUAGUACCAACUGCUUGUUGGCCACCAAAAGCACCCGCUUCCUUUUCUUGGUAUUUAUCUUCCAAAACAGCUAAACGUUUGCGGAACUCUCCGACGUCACGCCGUGGAGAGGCCGAUUGUGUUUCCGACUCGUGCAUACUUCGCCGUCGAGGAUGCUGUAGCUGCACUUGCGGAGCAACCUGGCUUUCCAAUGUCGGCGAUCUGGCAACGCAAAGAUAGCUAGGGGACAUAGCUUGUGUGGCAAUGUAAAGCACAAAGAUAUAACACACGGUUCUGGUAUUCAUUCUCUUCAUGGGUGCAGUAUCCGUUGGCAGCAGAAUUUCAAACAAUAUCUAAAAUACUAAAAUAUUCAAUACUUGACUUUUAGCAACUGUAGCUCUUCAAAACAAACUCUGCUUGACACCAUCAAUCUCUUAACCCCUAUUCCUUUCCAAAUACACGCAUAACAUACCCCCAAACACUCAUAACCACACAAACCACAAUGUCAACACAGCCAUCACACCGUCUCUAUAUCCUCGACACAGACCUAUCAACCAAUGUGUCCACAAGGCACGGGAGGAUAAUAUCCUGCCGGCCCGACGGCAGCGAUCUCCGCACCGUGGUCGACGGCAUCAAGAACCUCCCAGAUGGCAUCGUCGUCGACCACGACCGCGGCCUCAUGUACUGGACCAGCAUGGGAACCAGCCUGUCCGCCGAGGGCGGGUCUAUUGAGCGCGCCAAGCUCGACGGGUCCGACCACAAGACUAUCAUCGCCUCCGGAACCGUCGGUGUCUUCACCCCCAAGCAGAUCACCCUCGCCCGCCGCAGCGGCAAGCUGUAUUGGUGCGACAGGGAAGGCAUGAAGGUCAUGCGGGCCAACACCGACGGCUCCGGCGUCGAGGUACUGUGGUCGACGGGCAACGCGGCCGAGGAGGACGACAGGCGCGAUCAGAUGAGGUGGUGCGUCGGCGUCGGCGUUGACGAGGAGCGCGGCUUCGUCUACUGGACGCAAAAGGGGCCUUCCAAGGGCGGCAAGGGUCGCGUCUUUCGUGGUCCCCUCAGCCAGUCGCCGUUUUCGCCCGAUGACGUCGAGGUUCUGAUCGACGGGCUGCCAGAACCCAUCGACCUCGAGGUUGACGAGCAGUCGGGCACGCUCUACUGGACCGACAGGGGCGACCCGCCGACGGGGAACUCGCUCAACUGCGUUAGCAUUGCUGACGUCGAGGGGGUUAUGAACGGCACCGCCAGGGGACAGGUGCGAACUCUGGCGAGGAGGCUACACGAAACGAUCGGGUUGGCCUUGGACAAGAGCGGUGGCGUGUGCUAUGUUACGGAUCUCGCUGGAGGUGUAUACGCGGUUGAUAUAAAGAGCGGCCAGAAAACUGUCAUUUUCAGCGAGCUAGGAGAUACUACUGGCAUUGCACUGGUUUGAUGGAGGAGUUUUGGCUACAACUAGAGAACAGCAUUUCACAGACUACAAUCAGGAUAACUGACAAGGUUCUACAGAAGCAGUAUUAUCAUGUGAUAUUACUAACUGUCUGAUACUUGUCUUCCAAUAAGUACAGACUGAAGAAACGGCCAAGUCGCUACUAGCGUCGCUAUUACCACUUGCGUAUCGUGGUAUUAAACAUAAGAUAAGCAAAACAAAGCCCAGACGAGUUGAAGCUCCCUUGACCUAGUCGGUAUCACCGGCCAGGGUGAUAAAACAAAAAAAG